CUUUCCAUGUUAGUAGGAACUGGACAUAUUGAAGACAACUGCACCAGCCUAAACAACACAGCCACAGCAAAAAUGAAUACUGUUCUCGGCUUUCUCGCUCUUUGUUGUUCAGUGGCGAGCGUGCAUGCUGCCUGCAAUAUUCUUGCAUGUUCACUGACAGGAAGUAUCCUUGGGACAGAAGGAUGCACGACUUAUAAUCUCUACAUCGAGUGUCUGAAAGACGAAGUGGGUGCUUGCACCAGCUCCCAGGUUGUGGAGAAAGCCAGCCUUGAUGCCGCCAUCACCAGUAACACUGUACUGAUGAACGCCCUCCCAUGUCCAGCGGCGAGCGUGCCUGCUGCCUGCAAUAUUCUUGUAUGUUCACUGACAGGAAGUAUCCUUGGGACAGAAGGAUGCGCGACUUAUAAUCUCUACAUUGAGUGUCUGAAAGACGAAGUGGGUGCUUGCACCAGCUCCCAGGUUGUGGAGAAAGCCAGCCUUGAUGCCGCCAUCACCAGUAACACUGUACUGAUGAACGCCCUCCCAUGUUCCGCUGCCGGUGGAAUCUAUCUCUCCUUGACCUCUCUACUGAUGCCUUUCAUCGCCCUCUUCAUGAAGCAGUAGACUCCAGCAGCCACUUCAUGGAGCACUGGGCACUAACAUGAAACUACAUGAAGCAAUAAACUCAGCAGACACUUCAUGGAGCACUGGACACUAACAUGAAACUACAUGAAGCAAUAAACUCAGCAGACACUUCAUGGAGCACUGGACACUAACAUGAAACUACAUGAAGCAAUAAACUCAGCAGACACUUCAUGGAGCACUGGACACUAACAUGAAACUACAUGAAGCAAUAAACUCAGCAGACACUUCAUGGAGCACUGGGCACUAACAUGAAACUACAUGAAGCAAUAAACUCAGCAGACACUUCAUGGAGCACUGGACACUUACAUGACACUACAUGAAGCAAUAAACUCCAGCAGACACUUCAUGGAGCACUGGACACUAACAUGAAACUACAUGAAGCAAUAAACUCCAGCAGACACUUCAUGGAGCACUGGGCACUAACAUGAAACUACAUGAAGCAAUAAACUCCAGCAGACACUUCAUGGAGCACUGGACACUAACAUGAAACUACAUGAAGCAAUAAACUCCAGCAGACACUUCAUGGAGCACUGGACACUAACAUGAAACUACAUGAAGCAAUAAACUCCAGCAGACACUUCAUGGAGCACUGGGCACUAACAUGAAACUACAUGAAGCAAUAAACUCAGCAGACACUUCAUGGAGCACUGGGCACUAACAUGAAACUACAUGAAGCAAUAAACUCAGCAGACACUUCAUGGAGCACUGGGCACUAACACGAAACUACAUGAAGCAAUAAACUCAGCAGACACUUCAUGGAGCACUGGACACUAACAUGACACUACACUCCAACAGGCACUGUAUCGAGCAGUAGACUCAAAGAGAAACUUCAUGAAGCAAUAGUAAAUUUAAAUGGGAUACUUCAUGAAGCAAUAGUAAAUUUUAAUGGGAUACUUCAUGAAGCAAUAGCAGACUCCAACAGACUCUUCAAGGAGAAGAAAACUCCAUCAUACACUACAUGAAGCACUAGGCUCAAGCAGACACUUCAUGGGGCAGUAGACUCCAACAGACACUACACGAAGCCCUAGACUCCAACAAACACUUCAAGAGGAGAAGAAGGCUCGAUCAGACGCUACAUGAAGCACUAUGCUCCAGAGGACACUUCAUGGGGCAGUAGACUCCAACAGACACUACACGAAGCACUAGACUCCAACAGACACUUCAUUGAGAAGUACACUCCAACAGACACGACACGAACAUGUAGACUCCAGCAGACACUACAUGAAGCAGUACACUCCAGCCGACAAUUCAUGAAGCAGUACACUCCAACAGACACUACACGAAACCCUAGACUCCAGCAGACACUGCAUGACACACUAUACUCCAGUAGACACUGCAUGAAGCCCUAGACUCCAACAGACACUACACUAAACCCUAGACUCUAACAGACACUACACGAAGCCCUAGACUCCAACAGAUACUGCAUCAAGCACUAGAAUCCAACAGACAAUAUACGAAGCACUAGACUCCAACAUACACUACACGAAGCCCUAGACUCCAACAGAUACUACACCAAACACUAGACUCCAACAGACACUACACGAAGCCCUAGACUCCAACAGACACUUCAAGAGGAGAAGAAGGCUCGAUCAGACGCUACAUGAAGCACUAUGCUCCAGAAGACACUUCAUGGGGCAGUAGACUCCAACAGACACUACACGAAGCACUAGACUCCAACAGACACUUCAUUGAGAAGUACACUCCAACAGACACGACACGAACAUGUAGACUCCAGCAGACACUACAUGAAGCAGUACACUCCAGCCGACACUUCAUGAAGCAGUACACUCCAUCAGACACUACACGAAACCCUAGACUCCAGCAGACACUGCAUGACGCACUAUACUCCAGUAGACACUGCAUGAAGCCCUAGACUCCAACAGACACUACACUAAACCCUAGACUCUAACAGACACUACACGAAGCCCUAGACUCCAACAGAUACUGCAUCAAGCACUAGAAUCCAACAGACAAUAUACGAAGCACUAGACUCCAACAUACACUACACGAAGCCCUAGACUCCAACAGAUACUACACCAAACACUAGACUCCAACAGACACUACACGAAGCCCUAGACACUAAAAGAUACUACAUCAAGCACUAGACUCCAACAGACAAUAUACCAAGCACUAGACUCCAACAGACACUACAUCAAGUUAUAUACCAAUUCUGAAAUACUAUCAUGGUGUAAUAUCUAUAUUAGGUUUUAUAUUAUAAUUAGAUCCACAGCAAGUGCUUAUAUAAGUUAUCAUGGUGUAACAUUAAUGCAAAUUUUCAUAUAGUUACAGAACAGAAGGUAAAAUAUAUUAGGAUCCAGGAAAAAUGCAGAAGUUUCAGUUAUUGCUUCUAGAAAGAUACUAGCCUAAGCUAACAAGAACCCAUCUCCACAUAGUUUUAUAGAUUGCCUGAACUUUUUUAUUUAAGUAUAUCUGCUCUGCUCUCGCCUAUAUCAGAAUAGCAUUGAGCAAAUACUUCAAUUUAGACUCAUUAAGGUUUAGCCUCCAUACAAGCUCGUCGAUUGUGAUAUCAUAAUCUCUUUCCAAGCACCCAGUAGAUAUAUCAACAAGAUAAGUGCCAGUCCAACAGGAUUAAGUAUUCCCUUCUGUCAAGCCAUUUAUUAACCGUAGGGCAAAACCCCAUUGUGUAUCAACAACCAAUAAUAUUCCUUUUAUUAUUCUAAACCAAGGAGACCUCUCACCCACGGCGCAAAGGGUUGUACCGACUCUUUGUGGCACCCUCAGCCAUAUUUAAGAUAUUGUUCAUUGUUCAGUGUAAUUAGUCUCUUGUGACUCCGGCUCUUUGCUGACUUAUUUUCAACAUCAGACACAGAACCAUAAUAACACUCUUCUUUCAGAAAAUAAACGGAAUAACCCGAUAUCAUUUGCUUGUACUUGACCUGUAUAUGUUUAGCAAUAAAAAAGGAAAUAUGUCCCAAAA